ACCUCACCGACAUGGUUGCAAAGGAGUCCUCUGACUCGAACGCAUCUUCCCACCCCAUGCACGAUGUCGAGACCGGCGCCACCAGCGGCGGCAAGGCAACUGCCCAAGACCACAGCGCCAACNCCCGGCCCCGUCAUGGCCGAGGGUCUCGGCGAGCCUGCCAGCAAGGACGACCUCAAGAAGAGAGCUGCCGAGCUGAACAAGUAA